GACACGAAUACAUGGGACCCGGCACUAGAUAGUAUCUCAUGGCCGGAGGGCGGGUGCACAUGCCGAAUUCGAAGCAAAGUCCGCUGCGCCAGUCCGUGCGCCCUCCGCAGUCUUCUCCCAACCGUUUAACAACCCAUGUCGUUCGUCCACGACGUGAGGGAAGGCGAACUCGCUGGACGAGCCGACGUCGAGCUACUACGUCGCGAGACCAGGGUGACCAUGACGCCAGCGCCAGAAUAAAACUCCGCCAACUCCGCCCCCGCCACUAUUGAACAAGCAUCGGGCUGAUACCCAUCGUCACCACUGGCCAUAGCACACCUCGAGGCAACUGCAGCUCCCGCGCGACGCUGCACACACCUCCACCGCAUCGCACACACGCCGCCAGCGACAUGUCGUCCGCAACGUCCGCAACGUCUUCCCGCUCUGUGCCGCCUCCGUCGCACCAGGAGAUCGCCCGCAAGCUGUCGGUGCACUCGAUGGCCAAGCCGAACGUCAAGAACCCCCAAAUCCUGUCUCUGGUACCGAGUCAGACUCGGACUCUGUGUUUUCGCCGGAGGCUCUCUCGCCGCCAACGCACCCCGCCACCACGCUCUUUGCCGCCGGGGGCAUGUCGCAUCCUCCGCUUCAAUCUAUCGCUGAGCGAAGAACUGGCAGUGGCGAGGAGUCGGACGAAGACGAGGAGGAUGAAGAGGGUGGAUGGCAUGUCGAGACUCGGGAGCAGGAGCUCGCUCGGGAGUCGCAUGACGAGACUGUUCUCAAAACGGGUUACUUGUGGAAGAAGGGCGAGCGGCGAAAGACUUGGAAGAAGCGGUGGUUUGUCCUCCGUCCCGCCCAUCUUGCCUUCUACAAAACGUCGGCCGAGUACAAGCUUCUCCGCCUUCUCGACCUCUCUGAAAUUCACUCCUGCACACCCGUCCAGCUAAAGAAGCAUGCGAACACAUUCUGUAUGAUAUCCCCCACCCGCACUUUCUACCUCCAGGCCGAGUCCUCACAGGCGGUGACCGGGUGGAUGAAAGCCAUUAAUGAUUCCCGGCAGAUCCUAUUGGCAACGUCGACCCAAAAUACUACAACGACCGCCCCGAUACCUAUUCCUCGCUCCAUGUCUCAGGGACCCCAUCCGCAGGCGACUUCGCCGACGAUGUCUCACUCGCAUUCGCCGUACAAUCACCACUUGACAUCUUCUGAGUCAGAGGAUAAUUCGCCAUCGAAGCCUCGGCCAUACAGCACCGUGAAUACGGUCCCAUCCGGGUCAGCAGCGACAACAGCCGACGCCGCGUCGCCGCUGCGCCAGCCGGGGCCAGUAGACCCAUCAAAGGUUAUUCUGUCGGGGUACCUCAUGAAGUGCGGCUCGCGACGGCACGUCUGGCACAACCGGUGGUUCGUCCUCAGCGGGGACAGGCUGGUAUAUUCGCGUAGCCACAUGGACACGAAGCCGCAUCGUUCGAUUCCCCUCGCACAGAUCCUCGACGCCCUCGAAUACGACCUGCCCGCUGGCCGGCACCACCCAGGCUCGCAGACGGUGUCCCCGCCGCACCCGUCACACGGCGGGGAGGAGCACGACAACGCGGCAGGCAAACACACGUUCAAGAUCGUCACCACGAAGCGGACGCUAUUGCUCUGCGCGCCAAGCGAAGAGGAAGAGAUCAAGUGGCUCAGUGCGGUGCGGGCGCUCAUAGCACGACGAUCGGUGGUCCCCGGCGAUUCGGCGGCGGCGCCUGGCGCUGCCUCUCCGUCGGUCCCUGCUGGUUCUAUCGGUGCCGCAUCUGCGAGGACGGCGGCGCUUGCGAUGCCACCACAUACCCCGACCGCGGCGUCUCUCGACGCGCAGGCGGCUCACCUCUCUGCACACGUCCACCACGCUUCGGGUGCUUCUGGCAGCAGCGGCGGCGGCGGGGGGAGCUCCGUGAACAGCGGAACGCUCGGGGCGUCGUCGGCCGCGAGCAUGUCGACGUCGGGGACUGCGACUGCGAGCGUCGCAGGAGCGGCUUCGACGCAUCGACGGAAGGACUCGUUCGCGCGACGGCUGAGCCUGAGUGGCGCGAGCGGGUUCCUGGGCACGAGCCUGCACUCACCGACGACACCGGCGGGCGUGUCCCAGGAGGCGUAAUAGCCUUUUCGUCUGCGGGCCCGUCGCGCCGAGAACGCCCGGGGGCGGACGAGCGAACGACGAGAGGGACGGGGCCCAUCGUCGGCGGCAAUCUAGCCUUACUGGGAGGGGGGGUUGUGGGGAAUGCGGCGCUCGUGGGAUCGUGGUGCACUGCUUGUCGAUAUCUGGCGGGAGGGCAUCAUCAUCUGCUUCCGCGCAGGGGAACGUGGCCCAGCUUCUCUCGGACGGUCGGACAUGCGGUGUUGCGUCCUCGCCUGGUUCUUUUCCGCCAUACUUACCUUGGAUCGGGGACGCCCAUUUCCGCUAGCUGGAUUCGUAUACGGUUCUACAUAAUAGGGUUUUUGACCUGCAAUCUGCUCAGCCUGUCUCCGUGGCAUGGAGCAUUCCUCCGUCUGUUUUUUUUUUCUGGUUUCUGGCUCAAGUUGUGCUAGUGCAGCUGGCGAUGGCGUGACCGCCGCAUGCAGUACGUUGGUAUGGGUUGCAUAAUUGUAUUGUAAGUACUCGCGACAGAUUAUAUGAAAUGGUGGAU